AAGACCAUUUCUAAAUUUGCUGAACAACAAUGCUUGGCAAUGUAUCCGUUCAGCUCUCAAAAAAGAUCAUGGACAUUUGCAAACGAGGCCCAACUGCAGGCAUUCCGCGUGGAGCAGAACACCAAGUAUAUCAAUGAGCAUGAGAGUGAAGCAGCAUCUUACGAUAGCCUGGACAAGUUCUUUCUGACGCCGGCUGAGGAGCGAUUGCUGCUCAAACAAUAUGAAAUUUAUCUGGUUGACUUUUGUCGACGCUUCGAUCCGCCAAUGCCGAAAUGUGUAAUUGGCACUGCAUUCCAUUACUUCAAGCGAUUCUAUCUCAACAACACACCCAUGGACUAUCAUCCCAAGGAGAUAUUAGCUACAUGCGUGUUUGUCUCCUGCAAGGUCGAGGAGUUUAAUGUCUCCAUCAAUCAGUUUGUGAACAACAUUAAAGGCGAUCGCAACAAAGCCACGGACAUUGUGCUCUCGAAUGAGCUGCUGUUGAUUGGCCAAUUAAACUACUACCUCACCAUACACAAUCCCUAUAGGCCUGUUGAAGGUUUCCUAAUAGACAUAAAGACUCGCAGUAAUAUGCAAAAUCCAAAUCGUUUGCGUCCGCAGAUCGACAGCUUCAUCGAUUUAACAUUCUUUACUGAUGCCUGCUUGCUUCAUACACCAUCUCAGAUUGGUCUGGCUGCCGUGCUGCAUGCGGCCAGCAAGGAGCAGGAGAAUCUCGACAGCUAUGUGACGGAUCUGCUAUUUGUAUCAGCGCGUGAGAAGCUACCAGGUCUCAUUGAUGCUGUCCGCAAAAUUCGCAUGCUAGUUAAGAAUUAUCAACCGCCUGACCGCGAAAAGGUCAAGUUUAUUGAAAAGAAAUUGGACAAGUGCCGAAAUCAAAAUAAUAAUCCAGACAGCGAGCUCUACAAGGAGCGCCUGCGUCGCUUGUAUACCGAUGAGGAUGAUAUGCCGGGCGAGGAUGCCAAGUUUCACAUAGCCGAUGUUAGUUCGGAUACAUCAGCCAUGAAUAUCAGUCAAUGAAAAUUCAAAUAUACUUAACACAAAACAAAAAACGUAAUUAAAAUGUGAUUGCUGGCGAAUAAUUUGAAAAUACAAGAUAAUCAUACAAUUAUA